AUUGCUGUUGAGAUUCAUUAUUUUUAGUGCAGUCUUUGUGUCACCGUUGCCUAAAGAGGGCAAAUUUUAAUAUGCUGCAGUAGGAACCUUAGAAUGGUUAAUGUGUUGUCGGCGGAACUGAUUGUGUGCUGCACACAUAUGGGAUAUUCACACAUGCAUAGCUAAAAUCUGUAAAUAUAUUUGAAAAUCCAACACUUCGAGCAGUUGUUAACUGAUUCUAUCACAUUUAUGUUUUUACGUAAGCGCUGCAAAUUUGAUAUGUGAUCGCUGUGCUAGUGUAUUUUUGAUAUCAAGAGAUUUAACUUUAGAAAUGGCAGAGGAAUCAACUGGAACAGAAACACCCAGAAUGCUGGAAAAUGAGAAAAAUAUGGAUGGCCAGAGUGGUGAGGACCCGAAAAAAGCAGCUGCAAAUGCUGACACUCCUGCCAAUGCUAAAAAACACAAGAAGAAGAAAAAGAAAACAAGUGACGGAAAAGAUACUCAACAAAAAGGGAUAAAAAGCAAUGAGGAAAUGCCUAAACAAGAGACCACAGAACUAACUCCUGAUGAGCAGCUGAGUCGAGAGUUGGACUGGUGCAUCGAACAGCUCGAGCUCGGCUUGAGAACUCAAAAAACCUCCAGCAAACAACGGGAAGAAGCAAGUCGUGCCCUGAAGACGUUACGCAGCUCCAAAGCUCCCUUGGUGAAGAAGAGGCAGGUAAUGCGAGCAAUCUCUGGAGACUACAGGAAGAAGAUGGAAGAGGAAAAAGCCAGACAGUUCAAACUCAUACAGUCAGCAAUGACCUCCGCCCGGGUCACCAGUGUCUCUGAGUGCAAACCAGUCUUUCACAGGCGAGCUGAGAAAAACACACAAUCCACAAACAAAACGGACAAACCUCAAGAGACGCACACUCUGCAAGGGCCUCAGGAGACAAAUGAAGACAAAACAAAGACUGAUGAAGACACAAAACCUUUUGUUUUCACUAAAACACAGGAAGAAUUUCGAUUUAACUUUAACGUAUAACUGGACACGGUAACAUUAACUAGCAGAAUUUGUGCCUUAAGAAGAUGCAUUGUCAAAUAUUACAUACUUCCAUUGCAUAAUUUUGCCAUAUAUUCUCUAUGCAUUCAAUUAAGCAUAUAAUAUUGCUAAAUUUCACUUUUUUUUUUUGUAAUGUACAAAGUGUUUUAUAUUUCACUCAUAGAAACACAA